GACAUCUUGAGGCUGUCCUCGCCGCUGCCUGAAGGACUUUCGCUCGUAAACACUCCUCCUUCAGCCCACACAUCCGUCUCCAAAGAGAAGGCCCACCGGAAAGGACAUGAGAACAGAAUUUAGCUUUUCCGCGCCGAGCGACGAGCCGAAGAUGAACCCCAGCGGAACCCGCAGCGGCAGGACUUUCCUGUUCACAUCCGAGUCUGUCGGAGAAGGACACUCCGAUAAAAUGUGUGAUCAGAUCAGCGAUGCUGUACUUGAUGCGUACCUGAGCCAGGACCCGGACUCUAAAGUGGCCUGUGAAUGUGUGGCGAAGACGGGCAUGAUUUUACUGGUCGGAGAAGUGACAUCGAAGGCCAAAGUGGACCUGCAGUCAGUGGUCCGAAAUACCGUGAAGGCCAUUGGCUAUGAUAACUCUUCCAAAGGUUUCGACUACAAGACGUGUAACGUGCUGUUAGCGCUGGAGCCGCAGUGCGUGGAGAUAUCAGACUGUGUGUUUGAAGGCAGGGAUCAGGAGAACAUCGGAGCAGGGGACCAGGGUUUGAUGUUUGGCUACGCCACAGAUGAGACCGAGGAGUGUAUGCCUUUAAGCAUCCUUUUGGCUCACAAACUCAACUACAGGAUGAGGGAGCUGUCACGCAACGGAGACUGUCCCUGGAUACUGCCAGACUCCAAAUCGCAGGUCACAGUCGAGUACAGAGACAACCAUGGAGCCAUGGAGCCUCUGCGAGUUCACACUGUGGUCAUUUCAGUUCAGCACACCCCGGACAUCACCCUGGAGGAGAUCAGACACAAUCUGAUGGAGAAGGUGGUGAAGGAUGUCAUUCCUGGCAAGUACUUGGAUGACAAGACCAUCUACCAUCUACUGCCAAGUGGGAAAUUCCUUAAAGGUGGCCCACAGGGCGAUGCAGGACUCACAGGCCGUAAAAUCAUAGUGGACACAUACGGUGGAUGGGGUGGGCACGGGGGAGGAGCUUUCUCUGGAAAAGACUACUCCAAAGUGGAUCGGUCCGGAGCAUAUGCAGCUCGCUGGGUCGCCAAGUCUUUGGUCAAAGCCGGACUGUGCAGGAGAGUCCUCGUCCAGAUCUCCUAUGCUAUCGGAGUGAGCCAUCCGCUGUCCAUCUCGGUGUUUCACUACGGCACGUCGAGCAGGGACGAAGACGAGCUGCUGCAGAUAAUACAGAAGAACUUUGACCUGAGGCCUGGAGUCAUCGUGAAAGAGCUGGGACUGAAGCGGCCGAUUUAUCAGGCCACUGCCUGCUACGGUCACUUUGGCAGAGAGCAGUUCCCCUGGGAGAAACCAAAGUCUCUGGUGUUUUGAGUUUGAGGGUCGAUCACAUUCCGGUUAAGAAGUCCAGUCUGAGUGACUGAAUUCCACAUGCUCUAAAUGUUUCUCUGUCCUUUCUUAAUUUAUGACCUUAAAUUGUAAAGGCAGUGAUCAGUGCCUUCUUUUGAGAAUGAAUUUUGAUUUGGAUUUUUUUAAUCAUGGUACUUUCCUGUAUGAAAAAACCUGUUAGCAUUCAAAAAUAAUUGCACUUUCAGAGAAUAAUUGUGAAACACUGUCAAAUUUAUAAAAGUCCUGUGUUUUGGUAAUGUGUAAUAAAUCACAUUAUGCUGAUGAAAAUGCUA